UUUAUUCAGAGAGACUUGAUUGGGUGAUAAAAAGAUAUCGAUGUAGCGAAGAUGAGUGGUGAAGGUAGCAAGGGUCAUCAAGAAGAAGAUGAAACAAAACUUCCUGGAUUCAGAUUUCAUCCUACGGACGAAGAGCUUUUAGAGUAUUAUCUUCGAAGAAAAGUAGAGAACAAACCCAUCAAACUCGAACUUAUUAAACAGGUCGAUAUCUACAAGUACGAUCCUUGGGAUCUUCCAAGAGUGAGCAGCGUUGGGGAAAAGGAGUGGUACUUUUUCUGCAUGAGAGGAAGGAAAUACAGGAAUAGCGUUAGACCAAACCGAGUCACUGGUUCAGGUUUCUGGAAAGCCACUGGUAUUGAUAAGCCGGUUUACUCCAAUCUUGACUGCGUUGGUCUAAAGAAAUCUCUGGUUUACUAUCUUGGUUCAGCCGGUAAAGGCACCAAAACCGACUGGAUGAUGCAUGAAUUCCGCCUCCCCUCCACCACCAAAACCGACUUGUCAGUUCAACAAGCAGAGGUCUGGACACUAUGCAGAAUCUUCAAACGAGUAACACACCAGAGAAACCCAAAUAUCGUACAAUCAAACCGUAAACCGGUUAUUACAUUAGCCGAUUCGUGUUCUAAGACGAGUAGCUUAGACUCCGAUCACACCAGCCACUGCAUCAAAGAUUCCUUGUCCCACAAGCCACACGAGCCACAGCUGCAGCUUCAGCCACAAACGCAGAAUCCUUAUUGGAACCAACUUACUAGGUUUGGUUUCAAUCAACCGACAUAUACUUGUCAUGAUAACAGCUUCCUGAGUUUCGGGAACCUCGACGGUGGAGAUUUCAUCGGGGACUCAGCAAGUUGGGAUGAACUUAGGUCUGUUAUAGAUGGCAACACUAAACACUAGUAAUAAUUUGCCCUUUUCUCUUUUGUGGAGCUUUGUAUAAAGGAUCAAGCAAAAACAAUGUUUUGUAUUAUAAAAUAAUAAUAUACAUAUCAUGACAUCAAUCCCUGAGAACUAAACAUUCAAGAUCAUAUAGUUUGCACUUGGAUCACAA